GAGCGGCAUUUAGAGAACAGACAAGCCAGCCUUGCUUUUUGGGUUCCUCUCGCCCAAUCGUCUCGGCUUGCGUCCCUCCCUCGCUCUUCCCCCCUUCGCAUUUCGGCCAAACAAGUGAUCUUUCGUGCUUUUCAUCGACUCUCGUUUUUGGGUUUUCUGGGGCUUUUUGGGAGGACGUGGGUGAAGGGCCCUUGCGAGUGUUGGGUUCGUUGAGGAGUGAUAGUGAUGGAUAACAAUGACUGGAGGCCGACGCCGCCGGCCGGUGUGGGAGGCGGGGGCACUGAAGCUGCGCUCGACGGGGGCGAUUGGAGGACUCAGUUGCCGCUCGAAUCGCGGGAUAGGAUCGUCAACAAGAUAAUGGAGGCCUUGAAGAGACACCUUCCUGUUUCUGGUCCAGAGGGUUUGCAAGAACUCAAGAAAAUUGCCAUGCGAAUGGAGGAAAAAAUUUACACUGCUGCAAUAAGCCAGUCCGAUUAUCUAAGGAAGAUAUCUUUGAAGAUGCUGACAAUGGAGACAAAGUCUCAGAAUACCAUACCUAAUGCUUUGCCAUCUAACCCUGCUGGGAAUAGUAGUAAUGACCCGGUUAUGCAGUCACAAAUUCAAAAUCAAAGCCAAUCAAUUCCUAAUUCCUUAGCUGUGAAUCAGCCUCAAGCACGUCAACAGUUAUUGGUUCAGAAUAUUCAGAAUAAUGUUCCAUCUGAAGUUCAGGCUUCAGCCAGUCUAUUGUCUACAUUGCCAUCUGUCUCUGGCUUGAACCAAUCUUCCAUCCCGAAUACUAUUGGACAAAACAACAACAUGCAAAAUAUGCCCAGUGUUGCUCAGAACUCACUGGGGAACUCAAUGGGCCAAGGUAUCAAUAGCAACAUGUUCGUAAAUUCUCAGCAACUUCAAGCUAGGCAACAGAUGGUUUCCUACAGCAACAACAACAGUCUCAGAAUUCACAGCAGUAUAUUUACCAGCAGCAGCAAUACCAACAGCAGCUUUUGAAGCAGAAGCUUCAGCCGGUCCCACAUUCGCUCAUGUCAUCUCAAUUCCAACAACAGCAGCAGCAACAGCAGCAACAGAAUAUGCUACAGCCGACUCAGCUGCAGGCUUCUCAGCAGUCUGUCCUCCAAACAUCUUCUGUCAUGCAGCCGCCAUCAAUGCAACCAGCUCCUCUAGCUGGUGUCCAACAAAAUCAACAGUCUUCAGUUCCACAGUCAACACAGUCCAUGAAGAGUUAUUCUUCUACUUUUGUAGUGUCUACUGAUAGCUCUGCCCAAACGGGGCAUUCGGCUGGGGGUGACUGGCAAGAGGAGGCUUACCAAAAGGUUUUGUACCACUGUUUAGUUUUAUUCAUUAAAUUUUAUGGAAUGCAGUUGAAAUCCAUGAGGGAAGCAUAUUUACCUGAAUUGAAUGAGAUGUACCAGAAAAUAUCUAUCAAGUUACAGCAGCAUGAGUCUCUUCCGCUACAGCCAAAGUCAGAUCAGCUUGACAAUUUGAAAAAUUUUAAAUUGAUAUUGGAGCGCAUAAUUGCUUUUUUGCAAGUUAACAAAGCUGAUAUAGUGCCUUCUUUCAAGGAGAAGCUGGUUCAUUAUGAGAAACAGAUUAUAAACUUUAUCAACACAAGUAGGCCCAGGAAAGUAGCUAUUCAGCAAGGGCAACUUGCCCCUCCUCGUGUGCACUCAAUGCAGCAGCAGCAGCAGCAGCAGCAGCAGCAGCAGCAGCAAUUGCAACCUCAAACUACUCAAGUGCAGUCACAUGAAAAUCAAAUGAACCCUCAAUUAGAAUCAAUGAAUUUACAAGGUUCUGUAGCAUCAAUGCAGCAGAACAAUAUGGGAAAUUUGAAUCAUUAUUCCAUAUCUUUGUCUGGGGUUUCAAAUGCACAGCAAACCAUGAUUGAUUCCCUACAGCCGAAUUCCAAUAUGGACUCUGGAACAGGUAAUGCCUCGAGUACAAUGCAGGUGAUUGGUAUGGGAUCUAUGCAGCAGAAUCCUGUUGCUCCACAACAGGUGAAUAUGAGCACCAUGCAGCAACAGGAUGGGGUAUACAUGUUACAAUCAAAUGUCAACAAACAUCAGUCUAAUUCCAAUAUGCUUCAAUGUCAGCCUCUCAAACAGCAACAGGAACAACAGAUGCUACAGACACAGCAGCUUAAGCAACAAUAUCAGCAACCUCAAAUGCAGCAGCAACUCAAACAACAGCUUGCAGCAGCAGCAGCUACAGCAGGCUAAGCAGCAGCUUCUUGGCAACUGCAGACUCAUCAAAGGCGUUCCAACAUCCAACUCGGAAUGCAGCUUGGGCGCUGCUGUUAUUAGUAGUUGUCAUCUACUGUAUUAAAGUUUUCCUUCUUUCUUAGUGUAGAAAUUGAUAAAGGACAAAAGAGGAGAGCAUACAAACUGAUUAAUGUUUGCCACUCGCACUUUUAAUAUUAGUUAAAUAAGACUUAGGGUCGAAUGAUAAACAUUCUGUUUCAGAAAUUUAUUUCUGGCCAUUUCGGUGGUAUUUGAUUACG